AUGCCCCUUAGCAAUCAGAAUAAACAACCCAGAAUAAAAAACAAUCCAACUACACCUAAGGAAGCUAUCUUAAAAGCAAGAGAUCUUAUAGUAUUAGCGUCAACUCUUUCUCAAUCAUGUGAUGAGCAAUCGAAGCUAUUAGAUCUCCUAGAGAUCUUUAGAGAAUAUACCGAAAAAGGAAAGCUCACCACCGCCUCCAAUAUCAUCACCUCCCAAAUCACUCAUCUAGAAUCCGCUACACGGAAAAUCGAAACUCAAGCUAAAGCCCUAACCAAAGCUCCCUUGCCAAUCAAUACACCAACCACUAAAUCGACAUAUGCAGCAAUAACAAAAGAAGGAGAAUGGAACCUAGUAGGCAAGGGAAAAACUAUUAGAUCUUCCCCAAUAGAUAAGAAGAUCGAAAUCACACAAAGACGCUUAAUCCUGAUCAAACCAGAGAUCACGAACAUUACCUCCUUUUCACCUAUAUCAAUUCGAAACCAAAUAAACGAAGCAUUCCAGAAAACUGGAAUUAAAGGCCCGGUUAUAGCAGGAGUAACUCUAUCGCUGAAUAGAAAUAUAAUAAUUACUACAAAUGCACCUUUCACAUCACAACUUCUAUUAGAAAAAAAGGCAAUCUGGAGUAAUCUCAUCAAAUUCGAAAGAAUUCAAAAGGAUCAAGAAUGGCAUAAGGUCAUUAUUCAUAAAAUCCCUAUAAAAGAAUUUUCUGGAACAAGAGGAAUGGACCUCAUUCUUGAGGAAAUCAAAACCUUCAAUCCAGAAUUCAAGCCCAUAGGAACCCCUUUUUGGCUUACACCAUCAUCAAAAAGAGCUCAUCAACGGGAAGGAGCAAUAGUGAUUGCUUUUGCAACAAAAUCAGAAGCAGAGCUAGCCAUUCGGAAACGACUAUAUAUCGCUGGCACUAGUACAAGAGUAGAAAAGUUCUACGAAUCCAAACCAACUACACAAUGCCAAAAAUGCCAAGGAUUCGGACAUCAGGAUACACAUUGCAGAAGGGAUCCCUCUUGUGGACUAUGUGGAGGCAAACAUAUCACAUCACUUGCAAUAGAACUCAAUAUCGAUCUUAUUAUGAUUCAAGAACCUUGGAUUAUCAAAAAUGGAAUCGAUUACUCAAAUUCAAGAUCUAUUAUACACUCACAGACAAUCAUAUACAAUUCCAGCAAACACCCUUUUCACAACGUAACUCUGGAGGAGCACAUAGCCCCUCCACCAAUUAUGAAAUCGCUCGCAGAGACGGGUUCCGCAGCCGCAGCAGUUAACGAUAUCUUCGAGAAGGUCGCCAGAGAAGAAAGGGAGAAGAGGGUGGUAUUCGAUGCUUUCGCUGCUUUUGCAGACGGAUUAGUGAAGCAACUUAAGGGUGGGGAGCGCAAACGCGCGCUCGACUUGAAGGACAUCAUCGUAGACGCACUGCUGGGUCGCACCGGACACUCUCCGCCACCAACCGUUUCUUUCUCAGACUCAAGCAGGGCACACAGCUCUGCUUCUACAUAUGCCGGCGCGUUGAAAACGCGCACAAAUACAGGUGCAGCUGGCCCCAUAAAAGCUCCAACCACCGCGACAAGCUCCACACCUGUGAGUGGUCCGAGCGUCGACAAAAAGGAGGCCCGAAAAAUCAAGGCGGAGAAGGACAGAAUAGAGAGGACAAUCCUCAUUGCAGCGAACGGAGACGCUUUGUUGCAAGAGCCUAGCCCCUUUCUGCUUCGGCUCAAGAUCACAAGGGCAGUCCCAGAACUCACCUUGGAGGAGAUCCCGUACCUUCAGAGGAACAACACAGGCUGGUCGCUGAGGUGUAACACCCCAGCAACCCGUGAGAAGGUGAUGGAGAAGCAGAACGCGGAGAGGCUGAGAACCGCUCUAGGAGCCACCGAGGUGCGCCGACUAGAGAAAUGGUACUUGUAUGCAGUGCCACAAGUCCCGCACGACUUCUACCGCGUUGGAGGCGCUCCCGCCCCCAUUCCCGACGAACUCGUCAGGGAGGAAAUCAAGUCCCAAACGGGCAAACAUCCGGUAGUCUGCCGUCUUUCUCGAAACGGAGUACACCCGACGACACAAAGAGGGACCUGGAUCGUAGGCUUCACCGCCUCGGUAAAGAGCUUUCAACUCUUUAACAGCAGCUCUUUCUCGGUGCUGCUAGACAAACCACGCAGCAUUCAGCUGCACUCUACAGGCUGCCAAGGCUACUGCAACCCCUUCACUUGUAAGAAGACAGCCCGUUGUUCCAGAUGUGGCAAGCAAAAUGCAGAACAUGCAGAGGGUGCUUCUCACGAACGCUGUACAAGAGAUGCUCAAUGUGCUAACUGUCACGGCCCGUUCGUUGCCGGACACAAAAAUUGCCCCGCAGCCCCCAAAGUGCACGCCAAAAAGAUCAUCACUCAGACAGCCAAGUCCCUGGUUGCCAUCCGCGCGGAGGGUAGGAAGGCGUACAACAUGCUCAAGAGUGUCAAGGAGGCGGAGGUGACUAGGCCAACCCCAGUCUUACCAACCUCCUCCACGAUUAGGGCCCCAGGAGCCCAAGUCACAGAGCACGAGAAUGCUCGCCCAGCCAAGCGUCCUCGGGAACCGACUACACCGAUCUCAGUGCAAACGGCGACAAGCACGAGAAUUACGAGGAGUCGACCUGCGCCCAACCUUAAUGAAGUGGCCUUAGCCAACAGAGUAUUUGGAGAGACACUCACCUCUCCAAUCGCUCCUACAGACAACAUGGACACUACCCCCGUAUGA